CGGCUAUCGCACGUCGCACGCGCUAUAUAUACAUAAAAUCUUCAACGCACACCCCUCCCCUUACAUUUGAAAUAUCCGCCAGGCUGCCAGCGACAUCUGGCCAGAGACGCUAGAAGAAGAGCGCAGAAACGGGUGCCUUGGUCACGAUGAACAACGUCAGAGCAAUAGCAUCAACGGCGUCGAGAAGAAGCCUUGCGCCGAGAAUUGGACAAGUGGCAAGAAGAACAAGAACAUACGCGACCGAACGAGAAGCCCAAUCCGCGCCGGCACAUCCCCCGACUUCGCCACCAAACCCAUCUUAUGAUGCGCAACCCAAGGAACCGUCCAAGUCGGGUGCAUUCUACAAAUCCUUCGGGAGUCCCAUGCUCAAAUGCUUUCUCGGAGCCCUCUUCACGUACCAGAUCGCAUACUAUGGCUGGAUGAAACUCGAAGCCAUCGAGGAGAAACACGAACUAAGGAUGGAGAUAAGAGAUCUGCAACGGGAGCUCGGUGAUGCGCUGCGCCAGCAGAAGCUGGCAGCACAGGAGACCAUCGACGGGGCAGUGGAAGCGGUUGGAGAGGUCAGAGAUCGCGUAGUGGCGGGAGUUGGUGAGGUGGCUGACAGUGUGAAGGAGGGCGCUGAGGAGGCGACGAAAGCCACAGAUGCGGUCAGGAGGGUCGCGAAGGGAGGCUGGUGGCCUUGAUGAUGGGCGAGGAACAUGUACGAUUGAGUCCGUGUACAGUGCCUGUCUGCAUAGACGCAGUACAGACCCACGAAGAUACCCCCAGCAAAACAAAACGAUACGCACUAUCAUCGUCCGUCACCUUUCUUACGAUGCAAAGAGAUAGGCCCAUGCUACUACUCCUCUUCAUCGUCAAUAGGCCAAAAAAACGAGGUCGAACCCGGAAUCGAACUGGGAUUUCCAGAAUCAGAAUCUGAAGUGCUGACCAUUACACCAUUCAACCAAUUCAUUGUUUGUGGCGUGUCGAGCUCCAUGUGAAGCUAUAUGAAGCCAAAUUGCGGGAGUCGUGAUACGUUUUUGGUGAGCAUUUGGCUAUUGGGCUUGUGCGGUUCAGCGAUCGACGGUGGGGCAUCGUGCGGGGCACGUUUUGCGUCAACAUCGGGGCGGCUUAUGUGUAGACUCAACGACUAUCA